UUCUGAUGACAUUAAAGUAUAAAGUUGGAUACAUCCACACAGUCCUCGUUGCUUUUUAUCCCCCUUGCUCUCCAGUUUCUAUGCGAGUUUGUUAACAGUGGUACUUACAUCCUUCUUUAACGAGCAUCUCUAGGCCUCAGGAAAGACUCGAACCAUAUUUUUUUUUAUUUUUUUUAUUUUUAUUUUUUUUUAAAAAAAAACCCCCAUCAUCAUGCAGACCAUACCCCUUCUCCUAUCCUUUCUUUCAGCCGCCUCGGCGACAAAACUACUUCUGCCUCUUUACGUCUACCCGACGAAGGAAGGGGCCGCAUGGAAGCCAGUCUAUGAAGCCAUCGAUGGCAACCCCGAUCUUGAAUUCCAAGUCAUCCUCAACUGUAACAACGGGCCCGGCGGAGACACCCCAGGCUACAACAACGACUGGCAGCAAGCAGUUGGCCUCCUCAAUGCCUAUCACAACGUCCAAACCUUGGGCUACGUGUACACCUCUUACGGCGCCCGGGCCACGGACGAUGUCGUGACGGACAUCCUGAACUGGGCCAACUGGAACACGGAGGAAAAGAACGACCUCACUGUGGACGGCAUCUUCUUCGACCAGGUCCCCGCCGGCUGGGACGGCGACGGCGGCCCGAACGACCUGCCGUACAUGGCGAACAUCACUGACUGGGCCCGUUCCGCCUUUGCGGCCAUCGACGGCUCCCAGGUCAUCUACAACCUCGGCACCGUCUCGAACCACCCAGAGUACUUUGACGGCACCCUGGCGGAUGUGGUUCUCGUCGACGAGACCCAGGCAUCCGACUUUGAUCCCACGCAGAUGGCCCUCGUUAUUCCCGAGGGCAAGGCGGCGAGGACGAGCUGGCUGCUGUAUGACUUUGCCCGGGCGGGCCUGGACAGUGAUACCCUGGAGGAGUGGCUGGGUGCUUUUGUCGAGGCUGGUGUGGAUAGUGUCAACAUCCUGGAUUAUGAUUACAACCACGCCACUACGGUGGACAACCCAGCUGCCCUUGGCAUGGUGGCGGAGAUCCUGACGAAUUUGCAGUAGUGAUUGGCACGAAAAAACUCUUGCCAUCACUGCUUAUGGAGGGGAAAUGUUUCAUGGAUAAUUAUUAUGAAUGGUUACGAUACAUGCAUGGAAAAAAAGCCCUGCUGUUGAUGGUACACGUCCUGGGUUGAGUUUGCCCUGUGUUAUUAUACUUUGAUGGCUGAGUUCCAGAACAAAAUUCUUGAGACAUCGAGAUGGAGACUUUAGUAAUGUGUACAUGCUAUUCUUACU